ACAGUGGACGCCUACACAUGUGUCUCCUGUAAGGACACAGAAUGGUCUGAGGAAGGAAGUACAUCAUGCAUUCUCAGGACAGUCGAGUACAUAGCAUUCACUGAUGCUGGGGCCAUGCUGCUCUCGAUUGGGGCCUGUGCCUUCAUGGGCCUCACAUUAGCCAUGUGUCUUCUCUUUGCCACUAACUACAACACACCUGUUGUCAGAUCUGCUGGAGGACCAAUGUGCUUUCUAAUCUUAGGCUGUCUCACUCUGUGUGCUCUCAGUGUGUUCUUUUACUUUGGUAAGCCAACAACAUUGUUUUGUAUAAUGAGGUUGUUACCAUUCAUUCUGUUCUACACUGUCUGUCUAGCAUGUUUUGUUGUCCGCUCUUUUCAAAUUGUGUGUAUUUUCAAGAUGGCCGCCCAAUUUCCCAAGCUCUACAGUUUAUGGAUGAAAUAUCAAGGACAGUGGCUGGUCAUCACCGGGGCAUUUGUUAUUCAGGGGCUUUUGCUUCUUUGCGGGUACUGUUACGGACCCCCCAUGCCCUACAAUGAAAGGUUUUGGUAUCCGGACAAGAUCAUAAUUAACUGUACCUUUAAUCUGAAAACAACUGCUGGUCCUAUGGCUUUACUUGUAUCUCUAUGCUCCCUCUGCUUUAUUUUCUCCUACAUGGGAAAAGACCUCCCAAAAAACUACAAUGAAGCCAAAGCAAUAACUUUCUGUCUGCUCCUGCUGAUCCUCACUUGGAUCAUCUUUGCCACAGUUUACUUGCUUUACCAUGACAUGUUAAUCAUAACCUUUAAUGCUCUGGCUGUUCUCUCUAGUCUGUACUCAUUUCUGUUGUGGUAUUUCCUCCCAAAAUGCUACAUUAUUAUCUUCCAACCAUACAAAAACACACAGCAGUACUUCCAAGGACUCAUUCAGAAUUAUACCAAAACAAUAAGCCAGUAGUAGUUGCAGUAAAUAUGUCUGUACAUUUGAUUACAUUUGGCCUGCUAAUUGUGAUAUUUAUAUAUGUGGAAGCUAUCACAUAAUUUCAUAAUUUCUGCUUUAAGAUGUAGGUUUGUGAAUUAUGCAGCUAAUUUAUUUUAGUAUACUAUAUACUAGUAUUUUGUAUUUGUAACAUUUUUGCUAUAUUCAUCAAAAGUACAAUGAGAACCUGGAAACUGGUUAAUUGUUAAGUUACACAAAUAUUCUGCAAAGUGGCAUGUGUGUAUUAUUUCUAUAUAAAUUAUUCCUGCACAGUAACUUGGUUAUAAAGGGACAAUUGCAAUUAUCUACGUUUAGCCAGAAGCCCUGGUUCAUGGCAAGAUUUUUUUAAAGAAAGAUUUGACAUUUAACUAGAUCCUAGAUCCUAACAUCCUAAAAUAUCAGAGUUGUGUAGCCAGAUCAUAGAGACAGAUUAGUCUAAACUAAUAUGUACGUGCUAAUUAAAAGGAUAAUUCCUUUAUGUCGGGUUCUGAUUGGAUAAAGAGACA